AUGGCUUCCGAUCCUAAGGCGGCCGUGGCCGUUGUGCCACCCAAGCUGACCACCUCCGAAUUUCAAGUCAUUGACACCGAUCCCCAUGUGCGCCGUGUGUUUGGAUAUGCUCGGAGCUCCGACUACGCCCUGGCCGGUGGAGCGGCUGCCGCUUCCCCUCUUGCGUUCUGGGCCAUGGAGAAGAUGAGCCCCACGGGCGUUGGCCGCGGCGGUUUCUCUCCUAUCAUGCGUCUUGCAAGUGCGAUUGGAUUGGUCGGUGGUCUUCACAUUUUGUAUCAGCGAUCUUGCAACCGUUUCUACGGAUUCGCCGAGAACAAGAGGGAGGUUGAGAUGGAUAUGCGCGAGAUGGUCGACAAGGUCAAGCAGGGCGAGCCCCUGUACGGCGUUUCGCAGAUGUCCAACUACCUGCAGGGUGUCGCUGCCCGCAACUCCCGGUACUCCCAGCUGUUUAUCCAUGUUGUGCCUUGGGCCAACUUUGCCAACCACAACCAGCACGGUGUCGACACUGCCAAGUACUACCAACAAGCUGAGCGAGAGCUUGAGGCUGAGCGGUUGGCCAAGGCUGGCUCUGCAUGA